GAGGAUCAAUAAAGUAUACAUUAUUAUUAAUCUCUAAAGUGGAUCUACUUAGCUAGCUUUACAUGAUUCAUAAAAUAAUCCUUAUCUAUCUUAAAUGGGUGAGGCUCUUUAUUCAUUGACAAAAACAAGCAUUUUUAAGCCACCCUCUCUUAAGCCAGCUUUCUUCUAAUUGGCUGCUUCUAACAAACAGAAGGUCUAAACAGCAGGAUAGUAGAGCAGAGUUGCUGUACUGAACAGCAAGAGCUGGGAUUCUGCAAUGACCGUAUUAAGCAUAUCCCCUCAAUUUGACAUAAUUUGGAUUCAGGUUUUUUUAAAAAAUGUAUGAGCUGAGCAAUUAAAGCAGUCUAAAGCCUGAGCAGUUGGCUCACAGGAUUACUUUUACCUCGUAAUCGGAAAUUUUAACAACAACCAUUCACAUGUUUAAGUCUUCCUAUAGAUUCUAAACCCUUUCUUAUAUAUAAAUUUUCUAUAUAAGAUCACACAUUCUAAAGUAUCAGCUAAGACCAGUUUCCCAGUUAUACGAUCGAACUUUGCAUUAGUUAACUUGGAAAUCAAUAAAACAGGAAGCGUUCAUUGACAGUUAGUAAAAUGACAAUCCAAAGGAGAACGCCAGAGGGAGACAUUGUCACGGUUGACAGAGUAACUCGUUAUUAGCUGGCGUGGUAUUUGGUGGCAGUCUCUCCAUUCGCUUAUAUGUAGCAACCAAGCAAACUGCGGGUUACUUUAAAAAAAACAGAACAAUACGAAGAAGUGGGUUUGUCGUUUUGAACGCACCCUUAAAUCACGUGUUGCGUUUCCAUAGUCACGUCAUAUGGGCUCCACCAUGUUGUAGGAAACCCGCCGCUGCUCCUCACUCACUGUCAGAUUAGAGUUUAAUCCGAGGAGGAGGAGGAGGUGGAGGAGGAUACUCUGUCAAGACGCUGUCUGCAUCUCGGGAGGACUUGCGCUCUUUAUGCAUUCAGAAUAAUCGCGAUUCGCGUGCUGCUGUCACUGUUUCCUUCAACGAGCGCCCCGCACACUGAAGAUGAAACGCCAGUCUUCCGCUGCUGUCUUUGCCUGUCCGCCGACUUGCCAAUACGUUAAGAUGUUAGCUGGCUAACUAGCUGAAAAAGAGUAACUAAAUCGGAUUAGCUGCUAACGGCAGCCUCCCUCUGGGUAACAACCGGGUAUUAUUUGCUGCACUUGACAAAUAUAGACCAUCAAGCGCUUGUCAGUGUUUGCGUUAAUUGUAUUUCUACGACAGUGUCAAAAUUCCUACUUUGUGCUAUAGUUAUUCGCUAGUGUUAAUGUUUCUGCGAGCUAGCUACGUUAUUAGCUAGUCAAACCACAACAAAAGCUGGACCUCUGUCGUUCUCUAGUCUGCACAGUUCGUUAGGGAGGGCGAACAUAAAAAGUAGUAGUGCCUCUGAACCCCCACCCCCCCAGCCGAAAGUCAAGACGGAGGUGACGGCCAGACUUGGGUGCUAGCUGGUCCUGAGACUAGCGGGCUGAGAAGUGUUCGAGAUUUAAGCCCUGACACAUUAGCUUUCAGUGGAAACAUGUCAGGAAAGGAUAAAGACAAGCCGGAGAAACAGUCCACAACGGAACGGCUCGUAAAAGCUGUGCCAUACCCUCCACAACAUAAGCUGACUAUAAAAGAGCUGUAUGAAGAUGGCAAGCCCAAUGCUGAGCUGCUACGCAACCACCUCGUCAAGGAGGGCCGCGUGGAAGAGGACGUGGCUCUCAAGAUCAUCAAUGACGGCGCCAACAUCCUCCGUCAAGAGAAGUGCAUGCUGGAGGUGGAGGCACCUAUUACAGUAUGUGGAGAUGUACACGGACAGUUCUUUGACCUUAUGAAGUUGUUUGAAGUCGGAGGUUCACCGAGUAACACGCGCUAUCUUUUCCUUGGUGACUACGUAGAUCGAGGGUACUUCAGUAUUGAGUGCGUUCUCUACCUCUGGUCUCUCAAGAUCAACCACCCCACCACACUCUUCCUGCUGCGUGGGAACCACGAGUGCCGGCACCUCACUGAGUAUUUCACCUUCAAACAGGAAUGUAAAAUUAAAUACUCUGAACGGGUGUAUGACGCCUGUAUGGAGGCCUUUGACUGCCUGCCCCUCGCUGCCCUACUCAACCAGCAGUUCCUGUGUGUACAUGGCGGACUCUCACCAGAAAUCAACUGCCUAGAUGACAUAAGAAAAUUAGACAGAUUUAAAGAGCCUCCAGCAUUCGGGCCAAUGUGCGACCUGAUUUGGGCAGACCCUGGUGAGGACUACGGCAGUGAAAAAACAUCAGAACACUUCAACCACAACUCCGUCAGAGGCUGCUCUUACUUUUUCAGUUACUCAGCAGUCUGUGACUUUUUGGUAAAUAAUAACUUGCUGUCGGUAAUAAGAGCCCAUGAAGCACAGGAUGCAGGGUAUCGGAUGUACAGAAAAAGCCAGACCACAGGUUUCCCUUCAUUAAUCACAAUCUUUUCAGCUCCAAAUUACCUAGAUGUCUACAACAACAAAGCUGCUGUAUUAAAAUACGAGAACAACGUGAUGAACAUCCGACAGUUCAACUGCUCCCCGCACCCUUACUGGUUGCCCAACUUUAUGGAUGUCUUUACGUGGUCUCUGCCUUUUGUUGGAGAGAAGGUGACGGAGAUGCUGGUGAAUGUACUCAACAUUUGCUCCGACGAUGAGCUCAUGUCAGAGGGAGACGACCUUUAUGAAGGCGGCACCUCAGCGAUGCGCAAGGAGGUUAUUCGGAACAAGAUUCGUGCUGUGGGAAAAAUGGCCCGAGUCUUCGCAGUUCUCAGGGAGGAAAGUGAGAGUGUGUUAACACUCAAAGGCCUGACCCCAACUGGAACUCUUCCAGUGGGAGUGUUGUCUGGGGGAAAGCAGACCUUACAGAGCGCUACCGUUGAGGCAGCUAAAGCAAAAGGCUUCUCUCCCUCGAGGAAAAUUCGCAACUUUGAGGAGGCGCGUGGCCUAGACAGGAUAAACGAGAGGAUGCCUCCGCGCAAAGAUGGCCAGCAGCCAGAUGGAACCACAAUCAACACCAACACCCCCAACAAGAACGGCACUGAUGGAUAGGCAACUGAAACACUACCCUGCCAUCUUUACACAACCCACACCACCUGAGUCAUAGCCCCCAACUGCUCUCUCUCGCUGUCUCUCUCUCGCUGUCUUCAUCUGUCUCCUCUGCUGAAGCUGCAUGUCCAUCAUCUGCUCGCCCACAGCCGGGCAGUGAAUGGAAGCAGACACAUCAGUGGAUAAAAACAAAAGGAGCCGCAGUGCUGGGAAAGCACUACCCAGCUGCUCAAGAAAAGACAAACAUUUGACUCUUUUAUUUAUUAAAGAUAAAACCUAUUAGAUAUAUUGUGUUAUAGCAAGAAAUUACUGAAUGAAGACAUUUUACAGUCGAAAUGUAUUCUGUCCACUGAGGCUAUACAUGUCGAAACGAUUAAAAAAACCAAAACAAAACAAAAAACAGGAUUUUAUAAAUUGAAGUUGGUACCAGUAGAUGAAGAUGAGUUUUUAGUCAUGUUAAGUUUGUUUUUUGAACUGUUGUUCUUCAUGUGUUUGAUAAGGGAAAGUACAAAUACUGUAGCCUCGUCUGGGUCUUGCGAGAUUCUUCCCGAGACAUUUUGGACACUUGAGGUUCUACAUACAGUAUGCCUAUAUGUACAUCAGUCAAAAGAUAAAUUGCAUAUGUAUUUAAAAAAAAAUAUGAUGGGAAAAAUAUUAAAUUCUAUCUUAUCUAAUAAUAAUAAUUUUUAAAAAAAAAGUAAAAAUUUCUAUGUGAAGACUUAUGUCUUUAAGACUUUGUCUUAUUUAUACAAUUUGAAGCCCUAAAGGUGGUUGUUUUUUGUAAAGUAUUUUGUUCACUUCCAGAGGAAACGUUUUCCUGUAUUAUGGUUUGUAAAUGACACGGUUAAAGUGAAGGAUUAACUCUUUAUGUGCAAUGAUAGUUUGUAUUUCUGGCUGUCUUGUGCUGGUUACGACUUGUGUUCACUUGAUGGCAGCUAGGAAGUUCUUGCUGCCCUUAACCCCCGACCCCCCUCAAAAAAAGAAAAGUACAAAGCAUGUCUUAUUCUACACAGCAACCAGACCCAUUAAUACUCCUCUCUGGGUUGGAGCUCCGCACAUCAAGAUUACACUAAAAGGACCAGAUUUCUCUCCGGUUAUUGGCCAGAAGAGGACCUGCAUGUCGUACUCUCCUCAAAGCAGACUGAUGUUCAUUAUUACAUAGGAAACUUCAGUGUAUUUAACUGAAAUAUGGCAGUUUGAUGUGAUCUUUUAUUGUAAAACACUAAAAAAAGGGGGGGGGGCGGGGCAUGCUUUUGGGGGUUUACCUUUGUUUCUCAGUCUGUAUUAGUGUCUCCAUCUACUGUUGAUUAGGCAGUAUUCUUUUAAAUUGUGAUAACCGUGCAUAUCGAAUAAGGGAAACAUUUGACUUGCAGUGAAGCAACAGCACUUUGACGUUGCCGUACUUAAAUACGAUGGACUGAGUCAUUCCCCCCGGCAGGGACAGCUGUCUGUCAAGGCCUAACAGUACUGUAAUCAUCUCAAGCUUGGCUGACUCACAUACCCAGUAUCUUAUUUUUACAACCUAUGGUCACACAAAGGUGGUGAACCAUUAACACCUGCUGAGAUUGCUGCUGUUGCUUUCUCUCUCUCUCUCUCUCCCCCCCUCCCUCUCUGAAGUGUUCAGCAAUCCAGCUCCGCUCUGGUCUGAACAUCUCCACUUCUCGCCGGCACUCCCAACCCUUUAAGACCUGCUUUUUCUAGGACACACUGAUCUGAUUCUACUGGUGCUUCGACACACCUGACUGUAAUUCAGUUGUCUUUCUGUCACUCAUGGAACGGAGACAUAAGCUUUAAGAUUUGCUAUUCUGUCGCGAGUUUAACCCCCCCCACACACCGCUUUUUGCUUUUAUUUUUUGGAAAGAAAAAAAAAGCACGAGCCAUUUGCGUUCAUGUGCCAUGCCACCUUGGCCACACAUGUCAAACUCUGAUCUGUGUGAGUGUGCUUGUGUGGAUGGUGAACAGAGUCCAGUCAGGAGGCUUUUGAGUCUCACGUGAUUAAAGAUGACGUUUCUUUAUAUCCUUAAAUUUUCCAAAAUAUUGUUGUUUGCCAUUAUGUUCUGUAGUUUCUGGGAAGGCUUCCGAAAGUGUUUGUUUUUUUGUUUUGUUUUAUUGGUUUACAUUCAGAACUGUGAUGUUGACAUUUAUUUUAAAGGUAAGGCUUUAUUGGGUGAGGUAUACAGUAUACUGACCUCCUGUUAGGUCCUAUACAUAUCUUGCAGAAUGUUAAAAAAAAAUGUUGUUCAUCAUAUCAGAUCUUAUAAUAGCUGUUAAAAAAAAGGGGGGGGGGGAUUAAAAAAGCUGUACCGUAUUUGUCAUGCGAGGCCAUGAAAUCUUUUAUGUAGAUGUAUCACUUGGAAAAAAAUAAAAUGAAAAUCAAAUACAGUGA